GAAAGAAAUAAUAUUCCAGUUUAGAGAAGAAGGUAAAUUAAAAAUGUCCCAAAAAAUUACAAUUCAAAUUACCUUCAGUCAUGAAGAUCCAUAUGGACGAAUAACGAUUCUAGACGGAACUUCAUGUAUUCAAAGUGGAGCGAAGAAAAAGAAAUGCACCUGGAUAAUUGGUAUUAUAGUUUUACUGAUAUUGAUAUCUGCUACGCUAAUAUACGAUACUGAUAUCAACGGCAAUGGUGUGUUUGCAAAAUCAGCAACAGGGAAGUUCCUGAAAGGUACUGGCCUAUUGCCGUAUGCAGAGAAAAGCUGGUAUAUUGUAGUAGGCAAUUUAGCACGUGCUUUUAAGUGGUCAGAGAAGCUUCUUACAGUCUCAGCAAAGCAAAUAUUUACACUAUCCACUGACUUUAUCAAAAUAUUACGCACUGCUAUUUGUAAUGUAUUAACAAUACUUGAGAAUGUUAUGUUAGCAGAAAUACCAAUAGUCGUAAAAUAUUGGGAAGAAUUUUUACCAGUUUUACAGGCUGUUAAAAGUACCAUUGAGGAUAUCUUAAAUGAGAUCGGUACAUUUGUCGAGAAAAAUAUGCUUUUUGGAUACUUUUCAUUUGACAGUGCAUUCAAAGCUUUUAAUUGUGUUGUGACUGAGUACUAUGAGGAGUUUCGCAAUAAGGUGGACAUGUACGCAGAGCAAUAAUAAUACUAAUAGUUGUAGGAAUGAUCACUUAAACAAAACAAAAAAAGUUAAAUUG